AUGAAGCUAGAUGAGGAUCUGGGUCCUGAUCGUGAGGAUGAUAUCCAAACUGACGAUGAAGAAAAUCAGGCAGAAAGGGUGUUUGAACAUUUGGAUGAUGAUACCGAAUCAGAUAACACACCCCUUUCACCAACUUUGUCCAAUGAGGUUUCCAUGAGUCCCUCUUGGCCUCUAAGUUAUAGGCAAUCUAUGGACAUGUUAACUAGUGUAACACCACCUGGACUUACUUUCCUAAAGAGAAUUGGUUCAAAAGGAGGAACUAACUCUUUCACUACAGCAUUCAGGAGAUUUCAGGAAAACGAAGAUGAUUCAUCUUUGAGUGUACCUCUUUUUAGCGAGACAAGUUCAUUGACACAACAGGAUGAACCUGCCUCAGCACCCCAUGAGCAAUCAAGCUGUCCACCACCACAGCAGCAAUGUUCAUUUUCGCAAUCAGUAAUUAAUGGAACCAAUAUAUUAUGUGGCAUAGGAAUUCUUACCAUUCCAUAUGCAGUAAAAGAAGGAGAUAUUGGCCAGGCUGCUUUUGGAGUUGCCGGUCGCUUGGGGAUUGCGAUAAUUUUAUAUGUGGAGCUGUUUGCUUCUUGUGUUGAGUAUAUAAUACUAGUCAGUGAUAACCUCUCAUCACUGUUUCCUAACACCCACAUGAGAUUUGGUGGGACUGAUUUUGACACUCAACAAAUUUUUGCCAUCACAGCAGCUGUUCUUGUUCUACCUACAGUUUGGCUGCGAAAUCUAAACCUUCUUUCUUUUAUUUCAGUUGGAGGAAUAUUUGCAACAAUGCUUGUCUCAUUCUGCUUGUUUUGGGUUGGAACAAUAGACCAAGUUGUUGGAUUCAAGCCAGGUGGAAAAGUUUUAGACUUGACAAACAUAUCUGUCUCGGUUGGUCUCUAUAGUUUUGGCUUUGCUGGUCAUGCAGUUUUUCCAAACAUCUACUCUUCCAUGAAGGAACCAUCUAAAUUCCCAUCAGUUCUAUAUGUCAGCUUUGCCUUUUGUCUGGUUAUGUACUUGAGUGUGGGAACAAUGGGCUAUUUAACGUUCGGAGACUCGGUUGCAUCUCAGUUUACCUUAAACAUGCCACAAGAAUUAUAUGCAUCCAAAAUUGCAACCUGGACAACUGCUGUGACUCCACUAGCAAAAUAUGCCUUAACGUUAUUGCCUAUUGCAUUGAGCAUAGAGGAACUCGUCCCUUCUCCCAGGCUAAGAUGCCAUGCUAUGUCUGUUCUUAUCAGAACAGUUUUAGUGAUGAUAAGUUUAUUUGUGGCCCUCUAUAUUCCAUAUUUUGGUUCUUUGAUGGCACUAAUUGGUUCUUUCAUGUCAAUCCUAGUUGCACUUAUUUAUCCUUGUGCAUGUUAUCUCAAACUACAUAGUCAUAGAUUAUCAAAAGUUGAGAUAACAAAUUGCAUUUUGAUAAUUAUUGUGGGGCUGGUAUGCGGUUAUGUUGGAACAUGUUCAGCUAUUUCAAGAAUAGCUGGCGAAGGGGACUAACUGAGAUUGUUUUCCCCAUCUAUAACUCCCUACUAUUCUGAGUUUGUUACAUAUUGAGACUUUUUCAU